AUGUUUCAAUUAAACAUUGUUUCUUUGUCUUUGAAAGAAAAAUGCAAAACCCCAAAUCCCCUUCCAGCGGGUUUACCUGAUCUCAACCCCGGGAAAACAUUAGAAUGCUAUGCUAAUGUGAGGUUGGAAAAUGGGCAAAAGCUAGAGGCAAAAGACUUUGUCCAUCUCAAAGCGAGUGGAAUGAUAGCGCAAGUACAAUCCAUUUGGAAGGCCGAAAACAAUGCACCUGGGAAGUCGGUAUUGCUGCUCAAGAAGUGCCUUCCGGGCCAAAUGAUUGUCUUUUAUGCAAUGAGAGAGAUACUGGUAUCGGGUGAUGUGGUUUUUCUAAGUGUGAAGGUCACCUCGCACUAUAGUGGGGCUACCCAUCGAAAGUUAUCGCAAUAUGUUUAUCCUAGGGUGACACCCGAUGAGUGGAAUCAGGCUAUCAGUAAAGGUAUCAAGAAAUGGGUAGAAGAACCCUUCCGUCCGGCAAUUACGAAGCAAACUGCUAAUAAGGGGCCUAAAAACAAGGGGAAGCAAGUUGCAUCCACCUCAACGACAACUUUCUUUUGA